CUUCUCCCAGUGUAAAAGGGAAGAGGUGGCUCUCAAGUUUAUAAAUUGAUAGACCACAUAGCACUCAAGCUACAGUGAAAUAGAUCAAGAGCAAAAGAACAUGUUUGCUUCUUCUCAACCAGGAAACAUAGAGUCUUCAAACAUGGAGCCCAAGGAGAAAAUGGGGAGAGGAAAGAUAGAGAUUAAGAGGAUAGAGAACACAACAAAUAGGCAAGUCACCUUUUGCAAGCGUCGUAAUGGCCUCCUUAAGAAGGCUUAUGAGCUCUCUGUUCUCUGUGAUGCUGAGGUCGCCCUUGUCAUCUUCUCAAGCCGUGGUCGCCUCUAUGAAUAUGCAAACAACAGUGUGAAGGGAACCAUUGAUCGAUACAAGAAGGCAAACUCUGAUAAUUCCAACUCUGGAUCAAUAUCUGAAGCAAAUUCUCAGUAUUACCAACAAGAGGCCACAAAACUACGUCAGCAAAUCACCAACUUACAAAAUUCCAACAGGAAUUUGCUGGGUGAUGCUCUCACCACCAUGAGCUUGAGGGACCUGAAACAACUGGAAACAAGAUUGGAGAAAGGCAUCAACAAAAUAAGAUCUAAAAAGAAUGAACUGUUGCAUGCUGAGAUUGACUACAUGCAGAAAAGAGAAAUGGACCUGCAAACUGACAACAUGUACCUGCGUAAUAAGAUAUCUGAUAAUGAAAGAGCACAGCAGCAUCAGCAUAUGAAUAUAUUGCCAUCAACAAGCGCAGAAUAUGAAGUUAUGCCUCCAUUUGAUUCCAGAAGCUUUCUGCAAGUUAAUCUGUUGGAUCCCAAUGAUCAUUAUGCUCACCAGCAACAAACAGCUCUGCAACUUGGGUAAUGGAGAAUUGCUGCAAUGAUAGCUUGGAGAUGCUAGCUGAGUUUCCCAAGUAUCAGAAGAAAAUAUAUUUGGUAUGUUUUGUAAGGAAAGUCUGGAUGCAAAGCUUAAGAGUUGGUGAUGGUUG